GAUGAGCAGGAGGGAAGGAGGAAAAACUACACUUUGUCAUUGUUUUCGCAUUCGAGCAUACUACUGUGCGCGUUCAAAAAAUGAUUAAACAUUUUUUUCCUAGAACGACUGCGUUAUGUUUAGUGAGAAGGAUGUGUACUCCUGCCACCCCGCCACCGACACCCUCAUCGGGUUCGUCUUCUGGUUCCAUGUCGGCAAGAUACCGACCAACAGAUUUUCAGAAGUUUAUCCUUGUUUGGACCAAGAAAUAUAAAAGCAAGGAGGAAAUCCCUACAUUUGUCUCAGCAGAGAUUAUUGAAAGGUCCCGCAGUGAAGCUCGCAUUAAAAUCUCAAAUGUUCUCAUGCUCCUGACUGCUCUCGCAAGUUUUGGUGCCAUAUUGGCAGGAAAGGCGGCCGCUAAAAGAGGAGAAUCUGUCCAUCAAAUGAACAUGGACUUCCACAAACAAUAUAGAGCUGAGCAGGCUGAGAAGGAAGCAGCGGCUGCUGCUAAGUAGAACAUAACCAGAGUUGUGUCUUGAGCCAUACCAGCCCAAAUAUUGUAGUCACUAAAUUCUUGCGCCUGCUUGCAGAUGAUAAUAAGUGUUGUGUACUUUAGAUAUUAUUAGAAUAAGUAUUGAAUGCAAUAAAACAUUUUUAACUCAAAUCUAUUUAUAAUAUAUACACUAUAGGCUCAAAAACAGGUUUUGCAAUUCUCAGUCUUCAUAUAUUUUCAUAAGUUGUCAGGCUUGUAAUAGCUUCUACACUUCUCUGUAAACAGCUUUGUUGUUUUUUCACGGAUCACCUCUUCCACACUCAGUUCAGUUUGCAGAAGACGUAGCUGUGGAGAAACCAAUAAUAUUUAUAAGCAUUAUGUGUCAUAUAUUUUAAUAAAAAAUUUACAUAUUCUA